CUGGAACAUCACCAUGAUGUAUACAUACAUCACAAUCGACUGUCGACAUCUGUCAUUAUGACAUGCAACACAAUGCAAUAAUAUUGAAUAUAAAUAAGUUUAGUUUCAGAUACACACAAAAGUAAAUUAUCUUGCAUCUGGAAACAGUUUUAAAAAUGUCAGUUACACCACCCACAAGCCCCUAAAUGCAGGGCCCAAUAGUGCCGACCAAGGGACCUGCAAAAGUGGCCAAGCUGGUGAAAAAUGAUCCGAAAUCGGCAUAUCCUCCAAAAAGCCUCGGUCCCGACGCCACUGCCAGCAAACCAGGAACAGCUGGAGGAGCUAAACCGGGGCCAAUUGAAGAAGCGAAGCCAGCUGGAGGAUUAGCAGCCAAGGUGGACCCUCCCACGAUCGUUAAACAUACAAAGGCAGUGAUCCUAGAUUUGGGUACAGGAUACUUGAAAGCUGGUUUUGGGGGGCAGCCUAAACCUUCAUGCGUGAUCUCCUCUACAGUCGGCAAACCCCGCCAACAGUCUGCAAAGACCGGGGACAAUCGCCAAGAGGCCUUUGUCGGAAAAGAGCUUUUAGACAAGCCAGACCUGGACUUCGUUAAUCCUUUGAAACAUGGCAUAGUAACUGACUGGGACUCGGUGGAAUCCCUUUGGAACUAUGUCUUUAAAAAGGAGCUGAAGAUCCCCAGUGAAGAACACGCAGUCAUGGUGUCUGACCCUCCUCUGAGCCCCACCACCAAUAGGGAGAAGUUUGCAGAGAUCAUGUUCGAAAAUUUCAGCAUCCCGGCUAUGUACAUCGCUUAUCAGUCCAUCUUGUCCCUGUACUCUUACGGCAGAACCACCGGCAUAGUGGUAGAAAGUGGACAUGGCGUCUCUUAUGCUGUCCCAAUACACGACGGCUAUCAUCUGCCCAAUUGCACUGGCAGAGUGGAUUACGCUGGAGACGACCUAAACAAGUACCUGAUUAAGCUCUUAAAAGAAGGCAAACAGACAUUCACAGACAGCUCCCUCAACAUCGUGGACGACAUUAAAAGGAAAUGCUGCUAUAUCCCCCUUGAUAUAAAAUCCGAGAUGUCUUUGACGCCAAAUGACUACACUGUGGACUACGAGCUUCCUGAUGGGCACUUGAUUACUGUGGGUAAAGAGAGGUUCAGGUGCCCUGAGGCACUUUUCCGCCCAAACCUCCUGGGAUCGCAAGAACCAGGACUGCAUACUUUGACCAUGAACAGCAUCAAUAAAUGUGACAUUAACUUGAAGAAGGAUUUGCUGAAGAACAUCCUGGUUUGUGGAGGAUCCACGCUGUUUAAAGGCUUCCCAGAUCGCCUCCAGAACGAAUUGGUGAAAAUUGCCCCCAACAGCAAUCCAAUCGUUGUGGCAACACCGGAGCGUAAAUACUCAGUGUGGAUAGGUGGAUCAAUUAUGGCUUCUCUGAAAUCAUUCCAGCAGCUCUGGGUUCAGAAGAAGGACUAUGAUGAGAGGGGGCCCUUUGUCAUCUACCGUAAAUGUUACUAAGAAUUUGGACAAUAGCUAAACCCUCUACUAAUAAAAUCAAGUAAUAAAUAAAAAAAUACUGAAAACGUUUCCUUUUCUUUGGAUUGGUGUUUAGGUGCAUCAUUUAUUUGUAGCAUAUAGCUGUCUAAUUUAUUCCCAAA